CGGAGAUCUCCAGGAAGCCACUCCUCCAGCUGUAAAUGCAGAAAGCCUGAGUGUGAUCCCUCAGUCGAGAGGAAGCAGAGCAGCUGAAGAGUCUCACUGUUGUGAGGAUGGAGUCUGUAGAACAGGAGCGAGAAGACCCGGAUCCAGAAACACGCGCACACACAGACGAAGAGAGCGGCGAACAGAAAGACCUGAUGGAAGAGGAAAGUGAAGAAGAACUGAAUAAAAACUCUUCUAGAAAGAAAGUGUCACAGAAAAGAGAGUCGUGCAGCUGCGGUCAGUGUGGAAAGAGUUUCACGUGUAAGAGAAGCCUGAUGGAGCACAUGAGAAUCCACACCGGAGAGACGCCUUUCUCCUGCUCUCACUGCGGAAAACUGUUUAAAUACAAAGGAAGCCUCACGGAUCACGUCCGAAUCCACACCGGAGAGAAGCCGUACACGUGCCCUCACUGUGGAAGGAGAUUCACUCACAGAACAAGUCUGUCAGGACACAUUAAGCUCCACACCGGAGAGAAACCUUUCACGUGCCAGCAGUGUGGGAAGGGGUUUCUAAAAAAAACACUGUACAAUUAUCACCUCCAAACCCACUCUGAUGUGAAGCCCCACAUCUGUCCUAAGUGUGGGAAGGGUUUUAAUCUGGCAACACACCUGAAAUCACACGAGAUGGUUCACGUGGAAGUGAAGCCGUAUUACUGCCCUCCAUGCGGGAGGAGUUACAAUACAAUGACCGAACUUAGAAGACAUCAAAAGUCCUUCAUACAUAAUAGAUUCCUGCCCCUAGAGAGACUGAUGCGCCAGAGCGGCUCCUCAGAUCAUGGCUUGCCCUCAGGACUGAACAUGUCCUUCACUAAAACACCUGCAGUCAAGAUCUUACCCUUUCAGUUCUAGAUCGAUGUAUGACAGAAUUCAAACAUGUCUGUGACUGUAAAAGGAUGCUUGUCUUUAACAUUCAGGAGGAACUCGUUUAAUUGAAUAAAACUACUUGUGUAUGGUA